GAUAUUAAUUAUAUAGUUCAUUACUAACACAGUUAUAUAUUUUUAGUUUAAUAAUACUUAUGUAUGAGUAUAUAGAGAAUGGGGUUUGAAGUCUAUGAAAUAAUAAAAAUAAAUAAUCAAUGGCUAAUGGUGUAACUACGUAGUGGGAAGAUAUUCAUGUGAAACAUGGAAAUUACGUGGAAAGAGAGAAAGUGACAACUCUUGCAGAAACCUAUUAAUAAGCCAUUUAGAAAUUAGAUGAAAAGCAAGAUAGCGAUGAUGAUUUCUUUGAAGAUGAUGAAUUCACAAAAUAAUAUAAAGCAUAAAGGUAUGGGUGUAUUCAAUGUAGACUGUAAUAAAUGAUGGAGUAGUCUUAGAAGAAGUUAUACGGUGAAGUGUACGAGAUUUCUCGGGAUGAAUAUGUUAAACAAGUGACUGAGGCAUCAAAAGAUCGAUUUGUUGUUCUAUCUCUAUAUCAAGAUUAUAUUGUGGAGUCUUUGAAACUCAAUGAAGUCUUGUAGGAGCUAGCCAAAUAAUAUAAGGAGAUUAAGUUUGUUAAGAUGGUAGCAACUAAAUGCAUUGAAAAUUUUCCAGAUGACCAAUGUCCUUGUUUCAUUAUUUACAAAGACACCAAGGCAGUUUCCAAUAUUCCCUUCAUCCACAAAUUAAGAAAAAUUACAUUCGCCUCAAUUGAAGACCUACUGAUUGGACAAGGUUUGCAUUUAAACAUAUAAUGUAGGUGUCAUUCCAAAGCCAGUGGAAGAGGAUGAAUAGUAUGAGGAGAUCAAGGAUAAACUCAAACACCCAUAUAAAACUAAUAAUGUAAAGGAUGUGGAUGAUGAAAUAGACGACAGAGAAUACUCUCAUCAAGUUUAAUUUUAGAAGCCUAAAUGA